AUGGAGGAGCGCGUGCCAGAAGCCCAAGACUUUGUCGCGCAAACCGAUGAAUACUCGCUGCAGCAGGACGACGUCUUUCGUGCCUUCAAAAAGCAGGACAUUGAGGCAACGUUGGCCGCGGCGUCCACCGGCAAGUUUAGCGACUACUGGACCGUUGAGCGAUUGGUAGAUCUCAACAACAUUGUCGACGCCGAUUCCCGGGCUUCGUCCGACAUCAAAAGCCAGCUACAGCGCUUCGCCUUUGCCCCGGAUUUGCCCCCGGAUUGCCAGCUGCGGGUGCGCAAGGGCCCGGACGCCGAUAGCGAGACCAUUGCAGUUGUAACACGCGAUGAAGAAAUUUUCGCGGUUGCCGAGCUGGGUGACUGGAUUCGUGUUGAGCUUCCGGGGCAGCUGCCCAGGCAUCGUGGGGACCGCGUCACACGCGGUGUUUACUCAUGUGACUGCCACGAGGAGGAUCAAGCCCAGGGGGUCCAAAAGUAG